CACUUGCAGUGAACACAGCAAUUUCAAAGUUCCUCCUCUUAUCAUUAAUCAUUAAUAUAUUCGUGUAAAGAAAGAAAGAGCAAGCAAAAUGGCCCCAAUUCAGAAGCACUUCUCUUCUCACGUUGAAGAGAACUCAAGCAGUGCAAGCAGCAAGACCUUCACAGCCAGCAGUUCCUUCCACACAGUCAAAACGUCUUCAUCCCAGAACAGUGCAAUUUCCAGUGAAAGCAAAAUAGCCACGAACAGUGAUCGGCCACAGAAACGCAUCUCCCACCUUGAACACCAGGCUGACCGAGAGGUAAUGCUGCCCAUCAUCUCACGGGGUUAUUUCCACCACGACUCGUUCUUCGAGAACUUCCGCCAACAGUUCGAUACCGCCGUGCGAGACAUGCUGGAUCAGUGGAAUUCACGCUCAUCCUUCGAGGACGACCUUCUUUCCUACAGACGAAUGCGAGAUCUCAACCUCACGGAAGAGAAUCAGGCUAUUUCUGUCAGUCAAAACAACACGUCGCAUCAGGUCGUGAUUGACGUGCGUGACUUCAUGGACGGCGACAUCAAGGUGAAGGUGGUGGACGACAGCGAACUGGUGAUAGAAGGCAGCGUCGAGAAGCGACAGGAUGGCGCCGUCUCGAAAAGCACUUUCUGUCGACGAUUCUCAUUCCCGGAUCUCUUGAGGGAAGACACUGUGUCCUCAUCCAUGUCGGCAGAUGGAGUUCUUACUGUCACUGUUCCAAAGAAGAGUUCCUUAACAAACAAGGAGGGCCAAACUAUCAAAAUCACUGCCUCGCAAAAAAACUCUGCAGAUGCUGUAAAUGCACACAAGAAUAUCACAAAUAACGUCGAAGCAAAACAAGUUAGUUUCGAAGGAAAAACAUCAAAAUCGUCUCGAGUGAAAGUGCGGGAUCAGGCUCAGUCGACGGAGUCUCAGAACACGCAGGCUUCGAGCGACUCGACGGAGGCCAAGCCACUUGCUCCCUUCCACCUUCUUCCCAUUUCCGAAAGAGGGCCUUUCUUCCGCGAUUCCUUCUUCCAGGACACUCGACAGACAUUCCAACAAGCCGUCGACCAAGUUCUCAAGGAGUGGGGACAACUGGACUUUGCGAGCGACCACAUUGACAUGUACAGGAACUUGCGAGAGCAUAACUUGCAGGAAGAGAACCAAGCCGUCGCCUUCAACGAGGACCACCAGUGUUAUAAGAUUGUGGUGGAUGUACAAGACUUCAAGGAAGGCGACGUCAAGGUCAAAGUGGUGGACGAGAAUGAGUUAACAAUCGAAGGCAAUUUGGAGAUCAAGCGAGACGAUUCCGUGUCCAGCAAGAGUUUCUUCCGCCGUUUCUGCUUCCCAGGACUCGUGAGUGCCGACACCGUCACGUCUGUGAAGUCAUCUGACGGCAUCCUCACUGUCAACGUACCAAAGGCAACAUCGGAAUCUAAGACCUGCACGGCCUCUGAAGCUUCAGGAUCUCAGGUUUCGCAGUCUUCCUCUAACAGUACAGAAGAAAAACAAACUUUCGCGAAGGAAUCAACAUCAGAAAGACAACGCUUUCACUCCGAACGCCGGAAUGUAAGUGUAAAAAGGACUGAAACGACAUCAUCGUCCGUCGUGAGUAAUAUCGUCAGUGAGGAAAAUCAAGAAAACGACGCCUAUAACAAAGUCACUGAAAGUGGAUCCAUGCUUUCACACAACACACAGUCAAGCAAAGGCACCGUGAACAACCAGUGCCUUCCCAUCUCCUCAAAGGGUCAGUUCUUCUCUGAUUCCUUUUUCGAAGACGUUCGUAAGGACUUCGAAACGGCUGUCAGUGAAGUCCUCAACAGACAUGACAUAAUGAGGGGUGCUAACGACGAUUUCUCCUGCUACCGAAGUCUACGGGAACGUGAGCUCAAGGAUGAGACUCAAGCGAUGAAGACUACAGAAGAUCAACACGGAUUUAAGGUGGUGUUGGACGUCCACGACUUCAUGAAGGAAGACGUGAAAGUGAAGGUGGUGGACAACAAGGAGGUGGUGGUGGAAGGUCGUGCGGAGAAGAACGACGGAACCUUGAGGUCAAGCAAGAGCUUCUGUCGGCGCUUCACUCUUCCUGGCGCAGUAGACAUGAAUGCGGUCACUUCAGCAAUGUCCUCCGACGGUGUCCUCACCAUCACUGCGCCAAAGAUUGCAAAUAAGAAUUGCAAAUAGAAAGGCAAUCAAAGUAACACAAAGUGAAAACUUCAUUCGACGUGCACUAAAAUGUUUUGAGUCAUGUUUCAUUAUUGUUAAUUUUGAUAAUGUUAAGUUCAAAGACUCUGUUAAUCUGUGAUAAUCAAUUGAUAUGUAUUUAUUUUCUAUAUAUAUUUUCUUAUGAAAUAAAAUCGCCUAAUCACUAGAAAAUGUAAAU